AUGUCGAAUCCUAGCGAAGAGCUCCUCAAGAAGCCACUCUACGUAUACGAUCUGCCACCACAAGUUCUCGAGACGCUCGCGCCAAAGCCUGACGACGAGAUUGCAGAGCCACUAGACGACUCGCGACCGCAAAGCCCCAGCCCCAGCGCAUCAGCCGAAACCCUAGUCGGCUCACAAAGCUGCUCCCUCUGCGGCCUUACGUUUGCAACCGUCCUCGACCAGCGCGGCCACCAGCGAUCCGAUCUCCACAACUACAACCUCAAGCAAAAAGUGCGCGGCCAGAAGGCGGUGUCUGACACAGAGUUUGAGAAGCUUAUUGGCAACCUUGACGAAUCAUUGUCCGGCUCCGACUCGGAUGACUCCGAAGACGACGGCGAAGAGGGGAAACAAGAGUCUACUCUGACAGCCCUGCUGAGGCGGCAGGCGAAAAUCGCAGACAGGGCCGCUGGGGACGGUAAUGAAGAUGGAGCAGUGACGGCAAACCAACCUGGGCGUAGCAAGCCCCCUCUGCUGUGGUUCAGUUCGCCCUUGCUGCCCAAGAACACGUAUUUUGGCAUGUACCGCGCGAUCCUCACCGGGGAUGAACUACGACAGCAGGAUGAUCUCACCCAAGUCAUUAAGAAGAAACAGGUGGAACCAGUCACGAUACCAAGGCCGAACAAGGAUGGCACACUGCCCGAGGUGGCAUACAAAGGCCCGCACAUCUUUCUCUGCAUGAUUGGUGGCGGUCACUUUGCUGGCAUGGUGGUCUCGCUCGCCCCUCGCCCGGUCAAGGGCUCUACUACGAUGAACCGUGAAGCGACCGUGCUAGCGCACAAGACGUUCCACAGGUACACGACGAGACGCAAGCAAGGUGGUUCGCAAUCGGCCAAUGACAACGCCAAAGGAAACGCACAUUCGGCUGGAGCGGGGAUACGUCGAUACAACGAGCAGGCGCUGAUCCAGGAUGUGCGGGCGCUGCUUGAGGACUGGAAAGGGCUCAUUGACACGUCUGAGCUGCUGUUCAUCCGUGCGACCGGGUCGACCAACCGACGUACAUUGUUCGGGCCUUACGACGGGCAGGUACUGAAGCACAACGACACACGACUGCGAGGAUUCCCGUUCAGCACGAGGCGCGCGACCCAGAAUGAGCUUAUGAGGUCCUUCAUUGAACUGACGCGACUCAAAGUCAAGGAGAUUGACCCAACGAGGCAAGUCGAGCCAUCGGAGAAGGAGACGUCGGCGAGCACAAAGGGACCAAAACCCUCAAAGCCCAAGCUCAGCGAGGAAGAGGAAACGGCUCUUUUGCACACGUCGCAGAUCCAAGCUUUUGUGAGGAGAUCAAAAGUGCCAGCCCUGUUGCUGUACCUAAAAAACAACAAUGUCAGCGCUGACUUUGAGCUGCGACCUCCGGAGCAAAAUCACCACGCGCCGAGACCUCUACAUCUUGCGGCGGCCCAGAAUUCGCCCGCCAUGGUGCUUGGUCUCCUGGCCCGUGGCGGGGCGAAUCCAGGCCUCGAAAAUCGAGAGGGCAAGAUGCCGUUUGAGCUCGCGGGUGACAGGGCGACAAGAGAUGCCUUCCGCGUGGCUCGAUCCGAGCUGGGCGAAACCAGUUGGGCGUGGGACGAUGCCAAGGUGCCUCCGGCCAUGACCAAGGCUGAGGCUGACAGCCGGGACGAGCGUGAGAAGCAGGAGGCCAGCCAGAAGGAAGCAGACCGGCGCAAGGCCGAGGAGGACAAGCUGCGUCGUGAGCCUGGAGCUGCUGACCGCAACGCCGCCAAGGCCAAAGUGAACGCCCUCGCUGCUGGGCUGACCAAGACGCCCCAGGAACGUCGCGAGGAGGAGUCUCGGGGUCUGACGCCGGAGAUGAGGAUGCGUCUUGAGCGCGAACGGAGGGCCAGAGCGGCCGAGGCGAGGUUGAAGAAGAUGCAAGGAGGCACUUGA